AUGGAGCAGCAACCCAGCAGAUUGGCAAGCUUGACGCUUGUGUCAAAGUAUUACCCAGUGGCCAACUACUCCUAUCCUCGGAAUGAAAGCAGUUGUUCCAACAGCGGGGCCAAGACUGGUGUCGACAGAUCCUCCUCUGGAUCCUUCGGAUCUCUUCCAGGACUCAUCGACGACAGGUCGGACACUGAGACUUCCGUUGAAGAGGAGGAUAACUAUCAUACUCAAUCCUCAGACUUGUGGGAUAGCUUUUGGGACCAGAGGGCAGAGAAGACGAAGCUCAACCAGCAGCCAGAAGUCCAGCCAAAGAAGCAGUAUCCAGCUCUGAUUCUUUCUAUUCCUCAACGGUCUUCUCGUCCGUAUCCCUUUGAAGGAGACAGCGGAAACAGAAGCCCUGGGUGGCCGUUGCCCGACGCCGCCCCUGCCCAGAAGACUCGACCCAGGCAGCCAGCAGCCAACUACUCUCCCUUCCCCAAGCCGAUUGCACUUCCUCCUCGUGUUGGAUGCCCGGUCCCUUCAUGGCAGAGCUCAAGAUCAAGGGAGUGCCCUCGCCGACCCUCGCGGCCUGACGAAAGCCUCCUUGCGCCAUGCAUCCCCCAGCAGUCCCCCGUCAAGGCCGUCUUCCCCUCUUCCUUAAAACCCCAGGCCUCGGCCAAAGAGCAAAAGUCCACCGGAAUUGCAGCAUCAUCUCCAGUAGAGCGACCAUCCACCUCUGCGGGAUACAACCAGACCAAGCCCUGCUCUCAACACCGUCCACUCACUCCACCAGAGAUGCAGCGCCCAAGGACUGCGCACGCCUCGCGCCCAUCGAUCCGGGCUGUAUCACCCGCCGAAGUAUCUCGUCCCAGCUCGGGCCGCGGGAUGACCUCCUUUGACGCCCAGCGUUCAGAAAUGUCGUUCGGCCAUCGAUCAUCAAGGCCAUCCACCCCCAGUUCGACGGACGGCCACUCACUCUUCAACACAAACAUCUGGGGCACCGCACAUGAACUGCCUAGCAAGAAUGCCCACCGCUAUACAAAGUCACAUCCCUCAUCCCACCACCGCUCACGGAGCCGGCUCAUAGAAGAGUCAACCGUCCUCACUUCGGAGCCCCAGUCCGUAUUCGAGGACGACUCGGACAGCGAGGACACAAAACGGUCCUUCUUCCGGUUCCACAAGCGCUCCGGGAGCGACAUCAGGCGCUCGGCACGCAACUCGGCUCGCAACUCAGACUCGGAGGUUCUGUCUUCGCGGCGCGCCCGAGCCAGCACCGCCCCGUCAUCGCCAGUCAGGCAGCCAGAGCGCAAGCGCAGCGCCGUCGACGUCCUCAGCUGCAUGCUCGGCCGCCGCAGAUCCAAGGGCGAAGACGAUUGA